AUGGGCGAACAAACGGACUUCAUGUCCAACUUCAUCGACAGCAAUCGGGUUCCCGAGGAGUCGCGCGAUCAUUUCGCUUCUGUCGAAUGGACCAACAAGUACCUAAGCGAUCCCCUCUACAAACCUAUUCCCACCUUCUCUCGAGUCCUCAAACCUUCCGGCGAAGACCACUUCUUCUCUCGCACCGUCAGUACUGCGCGCACCAUCCCGCACCUACUCACGCUACAAUUAAAGGACUUCAAGGGCCCACCGGAGGCUCCUAAAGGCACGUUGAAAGGAAAAGAGAGCCAAGUCGAGACUACAAAGGUCCCUGAGAAGCCAGACUGUAUAAUGCUGUUGACUCUGGGCCGCCCGGGUCUAGACGGCCAUCCUGGCGUGAUUCACGGCGGCAUGUCCUGCGCCAUUCUCGACGAGAUGCUCGGGCUGUGCGUGAUGCUGCACCAUCAACACAUGCGCGGCCCUCGAGACUCCCUCUUCACCGCCUAUCUGAACGUGACCUUCCGCGCGCCAGUCCCGACUCCCGGCGACGUCCUGGUCAGGACGUGGGUGGUGGCAAGAGAAGGGCGAAAAUGGCUGGCGCACGGCCAGAUUGUCGAUAAAGAUGGCUUGGUGCUGACCGAAGCAGAGGGACUGUGGGUGUUGGCCAAGCGACAAGAGAAGCUGUAG